UAUAUAUAUAUUCACUGGAAAAUGGAGACGACCUCCAAACUGCAAAGAGAGAAUGAGAGCACUGACUAAAAAGAUUUAAAGAAAGGAAAACCCUUUUUGUCUAUCAUGGAUCUGGUCUAAAUUUCAGCGUUGAAUGUUCGUGGGGCAUUUGCCAAUUGGCAGGCAUCUCGAGAUUGGAAAACCUUAAAGCUCAAGAACCUUCUUCAAGAUUCUGCUACUUUCCAUUUGUGCCUAUCGCCACUUGAACGUUUCCUUCUCGUGAACAAGAACCUUCUCUUGCUUUUCCUGUCACCAUCAUUUCGUUGAUUAAGAUUGAUUUGAAUGAAUGCUACUUUGUUCUGAAAGAUAUUAAGAGGCUGCGUAUCAUAUGGUUGCUGAUGUAUCAGAGUAAUUAGUUGACCGACUUCUGUAGCUCUUCAAAAGUGGAAAAACUGAAGGUUAAUGUUUCUGGAAUAGAAGUUAAGAUGGCAAGGAAAAAUAUGAGUUGUACAUCAUUGUUGUUCCUUGUUCUUUUGGCUGUCGGUUCAUUCUUUGCAACAUAUAAUUUAAUAACAAUGAUAGUUCGCAACAAAGGGAUGAAUUCUGGACGGUUGUCGCUUGAUCCUAUUGUUGAGAUGCCUGAUAAUAUGAAGAAACCAGGGGGUACCAAGGUGUUAUUCCAUGUUGCAUUGACAGCUACAGAUGCUCCUUAUAGCAAAUGGCAAUGCCGUAUUAUGUAUUAUUGGUAUAAGAAGCAGAAAAAUAUGGUGGGAUCAGAGAUGGGAAAGUUCACCAGGAUUCUCCAUUCCGGACAACCCGACAAUCUGAUGGAUGAGAUUCCAACUUUUGUAGUUGACCCCCUUCCAUCAGGUUUGGAUCGAGGGUACAUAGUUUUAAACAGACCUUGGGCCUUUGUGCAAUGGCUGGAGCGGGCCACUAUUGAAGAGGAAUAUAUAUUGAUGGCGGAGCCUGACCACAUAUUCGUAAAUCCACUGCCUAAUUUGGCUCGUGGAGAAUUUCCUGCCGGAUUCCCUUUUUUCUACAUUAAGCCUGCGGAAAACGAAAAAAUAAUCAGGAAAUAUUAUCCUCAAGAAAAUGGGCCAGUGACCAACAUUGAUCCAAUCGGUAAUUCUCCUGUUAUUAUAAGAAAGGAUCUACUUGAAAAAAUCGCUCCCACGUGGAUGAAUGUUUCUUUGAGAAUGAAGGAUGAUCCCGAGACUGAUAAAGCUUUUGGAUGGGUAUUAGAAAUGUAUGCAUAUGCCGUGGCCUCUGCUUUGCAUGGUGUCCAACACAUUCUUCGGAAAGAUUUUAUGCUCCAGCCCCCAUGGGACUUGGAAAUCGGCAAAAGGUUUAUUAUUCAUUACACAUAUGGAUGUGACUACAAUAUGAAGGGAGAGCUAACAUAUGGAAAGAUUGGAGAAUGGCGAUUUGACAAGAGAUCACAUCUACAAGGACCUCCACCAAGAAAUCUCACUUUACCCCCACCUGGUGUUCCUGAAAGUGUGGUUACGCUUGUAAAGAUGGUGAACGAAGCUACCUCUAACAUUCCGGAUUGGGAUACUUCAUAACAAAAGCUCGUCGUCUAUAGAUGAAGGAGAACAUUAAGAGUGACUUAUACGAAGAAAAAAAAAACCCGUGCUUGAAGUAUUGUCUAAACUGAAGAAAACACCUCGAUAGCAUUUUUCGAGGAACUAACACAAACAAAUAUGCGUAUGCUUUGUUCUUCUUGUUUUUGGAACGUAUGAUUAUGAAAUUUUGGUUGUCGAACUUGUACUACGUUUUUAUACAAGAGAAAUACGUUUGGAUUC